AAUAGAACAAACAACAGUUUACUUACAGGCGAAAGGAUGCCAGUAAUCAAUAUUGAAGACCUCACAGAAAAGGACAAAUUGAAGAUGGAAGUUGACCAGCUCAAGAAAGAAGUGACGCUGGAAAGAAUGCUGGUUUCCAAGGCUUGUGAAGAAGUAAGGGAUUAUGUUGAAGAAAGAUCUGGGGAGGAUCCACUAGUAAAAGGUGUCCCGGAGGACAAAAAUCCAUUCAAGGAGCUCAAAGGAGGCUGUGUGAUUUCCUAA